GCCAGGCCUAUGAAGAAAAACAGUCUUCUGCAGGAAUCAGGUUUUUCUGCUUCACUUGUGAUAUUUUAGCUGCUGAAGACCAGAAGAAGUUAUUGAAACUGUCAUGCCGCAUAAAUGGGAGCACGAGAGGAAAAAAGGCAGCGUCAACAGCUCCCUGAAGAUGGAUCGAAAGAGCAAUGCUGGGAGCAGGAAAGCAAAAAGGUUACGUUCACUUUCAAGAUCCCUCAUCCUUUGCAACUCCAAGAACAGUGAUGAUGGGUCCAGCCCUGAUGAGAAAUGCCCUGAUCCCUUUGAGAUGUCGACCAGCUGGGGUCAAGAGGGAAUUGGCAUUUACCCUAGACCCCAACUGCUGUGUGGAUCAGACAUGGAUGGCAACAUGCCUGAGCCUCUGGCACUCUCAAGUGUGGUCCAAUGCAAGGCUGCUGUGAGCAAGAACUGCAAGAACAUGAGAAAACAGUUAUUCAUCAAGGACAGCUGCAUCUGCAGACUUUGCAUAGCUACAGGAAGUGAGGGCUUGGGGAUCCACGUCUCCAGAAGUCCAAAUUGUACCUCUCCUGGGAAAGUCUUCACUGUCAGCCAAGUGUUUGCUGGAGGCGCUGCCCACAGGGAUGGUCGUCUAAGUCCAGGGGAUGAACUCUUAUCACUAAAUGGACAAUCACUUAAAGACCUUUCCUGCAAAGAGGCUGAAUCUCUCAUUCAGUCAGCAACAGGCUUGGUGACCUUAGUGAUUGCCAGUAAGAAUUUACUGAGGGAAGCAGACCAGCAAGAACAAGUAUUUUUUUGUGACUUAGCAAUGGCACCACCUGCUGCUGAAGAGGAAAAUUACCACUCAUUUACCCAUCGUGAUAGGACUUCUCCCAACUCUACUAAAAUUACACUUCAAGAAGAAUCCCCAACUGGUAUCUGUAAAGAAAGGCCUUUGGAAGCACAGAAUAAUUGUUUUCUGCACUGUAAAGCUACCUGUCAGAGGACUCGCAGUAAUUCAACCAGUGUAAAUCCUUACUGGAUAGGGGAAAUUGACUGUCAAAUGGCCAAGAAAGCAGCGGCAUACAGAGACAGACAGCCCUAUUCUCUUUACUGUAACCAGAAAUCACUCUCUCAACAGCUAGACUGUUCGGCAGGAAGAGCUCCGCCUGUUUCAAGACCUUCUAGAUCACUCAGCAGUGCUCAGUUAAUGCAUGCAUCUUGCAGUUCCCAAGCAUCUGUAAUCUCAAACAUUGUUUUGAUGAAAGGCCAAGGAAAGGGUCUGGGUUUCAGCAUUGUCGGAGGGAAGGACAGUAUUUAUGGACCUAUAGGCAUCUACGUUAAGACUAUCUUUCCAGGUGGAGCUGCUGCUGCUGAUGGGAGGUUACAAGAAGGUGAUGAAAUUCUGGAACUGAAUGGAGAAUCGAUGUAUGGAUUAACGCAUUAUGAUGCUUUACAAAAAUUCAAGGCGAAAAAGGGUCUUCUCACACUUACAGUCAGGACAAGCCUCAGCACACCUCAUUCUGCCUCUAGCUAUCAGUCGUCCCAAUUAUGCCGGUCACUGAGCGCUAGCACAUGCAUAACCAAGGAAAACAGCUCCUUCAGUUCGGAAGGUACAACGUUCUCAUUAAUGACCACAAAACCCAAUGACAGGGUCAUAAUGGAAGUUACCCUCAACAAAGAGCCUGGGGUUGGCCUAGGAAUUGGCUUGUGCAACAUCCCUUACUUCCAGUGUAUUUCGGGGAUAUUUAUCCAUACACUCUCACCGGGGUCCGUGGCUCAUAUGGAUGGGAGACUCAGGUGUGGAGAUGAAAUCCUAGAAAUUAAUGAAGCAGCUGUCCAAAACAUGACACUUAAUGAAGUUUAUGCUGUUCUAACCCACUGCAGUCCUGGUGCUGUACAGAUUAUUAUUAGCAGACACCCUGAUCCACAGGUCUCUGAACAACAGCUAAAGGAAGCUGUUGCACAAGCCGUGGAGAAUAACCGAUUUGGAAGGGAAAGGCAUCAAUGGAGCACUGAAGGUGUCAAAAGACUAGAAACCAACUGGAAUGGCAGAUACCAAUGUGAAAAAAAUUACAUUGAGAGAAACGUUACUUAUUGCAACCACAGAUCUCAAAAGCUAAUGACUCGUUCCAGCAGUGACAGUAGUUACAACCCCAGGUCAUCUUGCAACAAUGGUACUCCAUACCAGCUGGCUGACCUGAAGGCAAGAGUACAUAGUAUUGAUGUACCAAUUACCAGGCAACCUGGCUUGUUGUGUUCAUCGUCUAGAACCAGCUUGGAGAACCAGUCCCCUCCCACUAGCAAUGAAGGAAAUCGUCCCUCACAGAGCAUUAAAAAGUCUACAGAGAUUCUUGUUAGAAAACCUAAAUCAUCAAAGCCCAAACCUCCACCAAGGAAGUAUUUCAAACAAGAUUGCACAGACAAUGACCAGAGUAACACAGAUGUGAACAAGAAGCCCGUACCACAAGAUGAUAGGAGUCCGUCUUCUACAAAUGUUCAGCAGGAAACAGGAGACCUACUGCUACAGGGAAAUAAAACAGUUAUAACCCACAGCCUCUUUGCAACUCCUCUAGCACCAAGAGACACUGAACAGACAGCUGCAUUUUCAGGAGAUAGAGAUCAAGUGAGGAAAGCAAACCCAGGAAAUCCUCUCUCAUCAAUACAAAGGCCGGUACUUAGAAGACAAGCACGGGUAGAUUACGGUCUUGAUACUACAACAGAAGACCCCUGGGUUAGAAUUUCUGACUGCAUAAAGAGCUUGUUUAAUCCUACCAUGAGUGAAGAUAACAGCCACAUAGACUUGCAAGCCAACAGCAACCCAAAUGAAGAAAGUCAAAACACAGGCUGUCCAGAGGCAGUUCUGCAGAAAUCGGAAACAGAAGCAGCCAGUUCAAAAGAACACAAGUCACCUGAACAUGACUCCAUGAAGAAGGGCCCUCCAGUGGCACCCAAGCCAGCCUGGUUUCGCCAAAGUCUAAAAUGUUUGAGGAAGGCACAUUCAGAUACAAAACCACAGGCAGAUCAGAAUUCUGCUGACCCUCAGGGUAUUUCCAGUAUAGGACUGGGUUCUAGUUUAUCCCGGGUCUCACCCAGAGGAUCAUCAAUAAAACAGAGAAUAAACUCCUUUGAAACUUUGAGUGCUCCUCAGUCCCCUGAAAAAGGAAACAGAAAACUUAGCCCAAACCCAUUGGUGCAAAAAGACAAUUCUCCCUGUACAAAAGAGCCAGAAUCAGCUACAGCUUGUUUAAACAAAGCCACUUUCAGCGACAUGGAAGAUCAAGGAUCUGAAAACAGCCAGUUACAUCCAAAGACUUCUGUGGUUACAGACACAAAGAGCCUAGAUAGGUGUUGCUCUCCCAAAGAGCCACUUACCUCUGUCCCAAAGAGAAGCAGCAGCAGCACAGAUAUGGGAGUUGCCUUAGGUUUACUACCAUCACCAGUCACUGAAACUCCAGUAGCAAAAGCACAAAGCCUAAGAACACGGAGCUUCCCACUUACUGCUACCCAAUCUUGUGAGAUGAUGAAGACAAAUGAUGAAAAAUAUAGCAACAUCUAUUCCAUCAGUAGCCAUGUGUCAUCUGCUUUAAUGAAAUCUUUGCUUUGCCUUCCUCAGUCUCCACUCUAUUGUGGAAACAAUCCAAUGGACACUCUGGCUGGGUCAUCUCAGUCCUCUAUGGAGGAAAAUGGGGCCCCUCUCUCACCCAUGAGUGAGAGUCAUCAUUCAGACACUGGAUUUUCUCUUAACCUCUCUGAGCUGAGAGAAUACACAGAGAGUUUAGCAGAUAAUGGAAAAGAGGAAGAGAGACAGGAACACUGUUUACCUCAAGCAUCCGGUAUGUCAGGACAGUCAGUCAUCUCUCUGCUUUCCCCUGAAGAACUGAAGAAACUUAUAGAGGAAGUAAAAUCAUUGGAUGAGGCAACCUUGAAGCAAUUUGAUGACAUUCAUGUUACAAUCUUGCAUAAAGAAGAAGAUGCUGGCCUUGGAUUCAGCUUGGCAGGAGGAGCUGAUCUAGAAAACAAAGUUAUUACUGUCCACAGAGUGUUUCCUAAUGGACUGGCAUUUCAGGAAGGCACUAUUCAGAAAGGAGAUGAAGUAUUAUCCAUUAAUGGAAAAUCUUUGAAAGGUGUCACACACAAUGAUGCCUUGGCAAUCUUGCGUCAGGCUCGACAACCAAAGCAAGCAGUUGUUGUCACUAGAAAAGCCAAAGAGGGAGAAAAAAGUCUUAAUGUUUCAUUUGAUUCUACUACCUCUUCUAUGGCAAGCGAAGCUUCAACAGAAUCAACAACUGAAGACACAGUCUGCACUGUAACUCUAGAAAAGACAGCUGGUGGCUUAGGAUUCAGCCUGGAAGGAGGGAAGGGCUCCAUCCAUGGAGAUAAACCCAUUGUCAUCAACAGGAUUUUUAAAGGGGUUGCCUCAGAACAAAGCAGCCCUGUUCAGCCUGGUGAUGAGCUAUUGCAAGUGCACACAACUGUCAUGCAGGGACUCACCCGUUUUGAAGCUUGGAAUAUCAUCAAGGCAUUACCCGAUGGGCCUAUCACUGCUAUCAUCAAGCGGAAAAAUCCAAGUCCUGCUGCUGCCAAAUCAGCUGAAAUUUUGCAAGGAGAGGAAUAAAACUGCUGCCAAUAUUAAAAAAAAAACUAAACAAAAAAAAGUUUCAUUAAUGAAAACUGUUUGCCAGCACAGCACAGAUACUGUGGAAGUGCGGAUGAUUGCCAGUUACAGAUGUCUUUGGAAUCUCUUGAGCAAAUUUUGCAAUAUGAAGAGAUGUGCACAAAAAGCUCCCAGUUCUUAUUACAAUAUUCAUAAGCAGCUGUUGCAAAGUGCACAAUGGUAAAACAUGGCUCUGCUAAUAAUAUAAUGGAUGUAAUAAAAUGUGUGACAAUC